GGUGAAGUGCAGCUCUUCCAAAUAGAAAUAGAAUUAUAAAAAAUAGAGUAAAAUAUAGAGAUCUUCGAGUUAAGAACAACGUCAUUAAUAGCUCUUCCAAUCUUGAUCCCUAAAAUUUUCGAGAAUUCUACUGCAAUAAGGACAUUGACGAAUUUAUAUCAUGCGCCUAGUACACGUAAUGAAGAACGAUAAUAGGAAAAAGAGAGGCACACUUGAACGCUGGAGCAGAUGAACAAUUAAAAUACCAUGCAUCAAACAGUGGCAUUUUUGUACUUUUAAAUAAUUGUACAAAAAGCACUUAAAGGCUUCCUAUUUUAUGCGGUAAAUUUGUGUACAACAGCCUUUAAAAUAAUAGCACUCGAGCUUGCACCAGCGCAUUGAUAUAUCGGGUACACAGGAGCGAACCUCGUCAAGAUAUCACCCACGUGAAAAGGUCAACACCACUGAAUGUCAAAUUCCCACGUUCGCCGAUAAUAGCCACAAGAGAAGAACAGAGUGACAGAAAAACCUCUCCUCUCGCGCGUACCAUUCGUUCGCAAAGCUCGCAACAAGAAUCUUGGCAGGAGCUUGAUGCUGCGAACUCUCGUGGGACUUGCGUCGUGAGACUCGGAUUUGUAUCCGCUUGGUGGCAGAUGCGUGACAGCACCAUGACGCAGAUUCGAAAAGUACCGUCGGCUGCUGAGCCGCGACGAGGAUUUCGGCGCCGAUGUGAUGCCGUCGAGGAACAUUUUUCCGUCAUUAAUUUUUCCCCUCCAUUUCGUCUUCGGCUCCGCCCGAGGGAUGGUUCCUCGUUGCCGCUACGAUUUCGGGGACGCAGUCGCACGAUCAUUCCUAUUGGUAGAUAAGCACCGACAGAAUUCCACACCGCCACCAACGACGUGACAGCUGACGAGGUAAGCUCGUCCCACCAUGGUUCACGAUGACGACCGACGCGAUCCAAUGAGCGAGAUGUUGGCGUGUGCGCACUAUCCGAUUGGCGAAGUUUGCCCAAUGGUCGUACGAUGGAUCUCCCGGCAUCCACUUCCCCCGGAUCGCGGCUUCUCCGCACCUCUCCACGGCGUAUGGAAACCCUUCUCUCACACGCAAAAGGGGACAUCUCAUCACGACUCUUGGUAGCAGGCACUUCUCCGUAGUGGGCACUCCACUCAUCGUGUCGUCGUACGGGUUCUCCGCGAGAGGCUGCGGGGCCUGUGUGCCCGGGCGGGCGAGCGAGCGAGCGAGUGAGCGAGCGAGCGAACGAGCGAGCGCGAGCGGGCGAGCGCUGGUCGAGUGGGUCUAAGCGGCCGUGAGGACCUCUCCAGGAGUACCCGACAGAAGUCCUCUCCAUUCAUUCAUCCAUCCAUCUAGCCAGCCAAGCCAGCCAAGCCAGGCAAGGCAGCCACCCAGCCAGCAAGCCAGCCAGCCAGCCAGCCAUCCAUCCAUCCAUCCAUCCAUAGAGCAGGCUCUUCUCCUACGGAGAGAGAGUGUAUCCUCGACGAAGGUGGAGGCGAAGCGUAGAGUGGUACAUCUACCAUCGUCUCUCUAUCGGCGGAAUCCAAGGACUCGAAGACCCCCGUGUGAUUUCAGUCGGCCGCCGGCCGGCUCUGGCCGGCCACUAUCCUCGACCACGUGUGUGUAAGGUCGACAGGCUCUUUCGACCACGUUCGCGCGUGCCACCAGGAUUUUCGAAAGGCAAAGUCGCAAGAACGAUACAUCGGCUACGCUCUCCUCGGUCCAACGGUAUAUCGAGAGAUUUAACGAUCUAUCUCCCGGGUGUCAUCCGAGUUGGUCGCCGGUCGACUGCGCCAUCGAUUUUUCCACUCGGUUUCCUGACGGUCGCGGUUCGUACGCCAUGCAAUCAAGACGAUUCUUCGUCCUGAACGUCAUCCUUGCGGUUUGCGAAGACCUCUUCUAGGAAAAAAGACAAAGAAUUACCUAGAAGUACGUGAAUGAAGUUGUAUCAUAUAUCAUCGAUUAAUAAUUAAAAACAAAAAAAUGCGCAGUGAAUGAAGAUGAACAUGUUGAAUUCGAUAGUCGCCGAGAAGAAACGUUCGUGAUAUCUGAGAUUGAUUAAACACUUUCAGUGAAAUACUCGUGCUUGUGUCAAAAUUUCUGUUCUCGCAAACUAUGCACGCAUUUAAACGACGCGAUCGGGAUCACAGGAAGGAAAACCGAGAGACGAGAAUCGUGGCGGAUGAUUACGAGUUUUAUAUCUGUUUCAGAAGAUAAAAGGCUCCGGUGUUGGUGAAGAAGAAAAAAAAAACAGGAUCUUAUUGUGCGCGUCCACGUGAGAUCUGUCACUUGGAGAAGUGAGCGACAGUUGUGUCAUUGUGCGCGAUUAACUAAGGACUAUUCGAAAAAUUCCCACGAAGUAAAGAUUAAAAAAAAAAAAAAAAAAAACGUUCGCGCGAGAUAAUUGAAGAGUUAAUCGAUCGAGGAAGCUACGUUCGUAGUAGCGUCAUAAUGUCACGCCGUUGUUACGUCUAGCGCCGGCCUCAUCAUUCCGCGAAGCGCGAGCUUCAAGUACUUCGACGGCGUCGGGCUCGCCGAGAUGAGCGGCGGCAGCGGCGGCAGCGGUGGCGGUGGCGGAAAUGGCGGCGGCAAUCAAGGCGGCAACGGUAACGCCACGACCUAUCAUCAGCAUCAGCAACAGCAGCAACAGCAGCAACAACAGCAGCAGCAGCAGUCGCAACUGGAGCAGGCUGGCCUGCUGUCAGAUCUCAAUGGCAUCGAUCUGGCGAUGAGCCUGUCGCCCAAGCAACACUCGUCCCACGUGCAAACAGCCGGCGGUGCCCACACGACGCCCUUCAGUGUCACCGAUAUCCUGUCGCCGAUCGAGGAGUCUUACCGGAAGCUCGAGCUGGCCGCCGCUGCCGCCGCCGUCGGGGUCGGCGUCGUCACGCAUUCCCAGGCCUCGCCCUACGGUAACGCUUGCGGUGCCCGGGUGGGCGGCAACACCGGUAGCUCGAGCGCGAGCAGCGGCAGCCCGCCGUUGCACGGCGGCUCGACGCCCGGCGGCAGCACCCCCGGACCGGUUUCCUCCGUUGCCAACGGGGCCGCCCCCGGUGGCGGCGGUAGUGCCGGCGGCGGCAUGAGCGCCAUGGGUAAUCCUUACGCCACCAUGCAGCUCACCUCGCAAUAUCAGCAAUACUGUGCCGCGGAAUUGUCUCCGUACCAUCACGCCGGACCCGGCGUCGGCGCCACGGCCACCGCCGCGGACCCGAUGCGGUCCCACGCGGUCUCGUCGCACCAUCAUCCUUGGUACGCACCGGCGCCCCCGGCCACCAACGACCCGCGCUUCGCCAUCUCGCGACUGAUGGGCGCCGCGGCGGCAGGCGGGACCAAUAUGGCCGGCUGUUCGGUGGGCCAGUCGAUGGGCGACGUAACCAAGUCAUCGGGGAUGGGGGUGGGCGUCGGCGUCGGGGUCGGCGUCGGUAUGGGCGUCGGCGCGAUGCAGUUCCCCCUCGCGCAGAGACGGAAGAGGCGCGUGCUCUUUACCCAGGCCCAGGUCUACGAGCUCGAAAGGCGAUUCAAGCAGCAAAAGUACCUCAGCGCGCCCGAACGGGAGCAUCUGGCGUCUUUAAUUCAUUUAACGCCUACGCAGGUGAAGAUAUGGUUUCAAAAUCAUCGGUACAAGUGCAAGAGGCAAGCAAAGGAGAAAGCUAUGGCCGAGCAAAACGCCCAAAACCAGAGCGCGAGUUCGCCGAGACGGGUCGCGGUGCCGGUGCUGGUGAAGGACGGCAAGCCUUGCGGGAGCGGCGGCGGGAACGAAGGUAGCCGCGGCGGGCCCAGCGCGGCCCUGGCGAGCCCGGCGCCGCACAUGACCGCGGCCUCGAGUCCGCACGGCACCCAUCACGCGGCCGCCUCGUCCCAUCACUCGGUCGUGGCCACAGGCGUCAGCCACGUGAUGAGCUCUCAGAGCCUGCAGCAUUGCUCGUACACGCGGGCCGGCGCCCAACAGGGGAUGCAGCAGCAACAGCAGCCGCAGUGCGGCGCGUAUCUACCGUUGCAGGGCCGCGCCUGGUAGUGCGCGCCAUCCGCGGCGGGGGCCGCGGCCUACGCCAAUCCCUCCGUCGCAGGCCCAUGGGCCCUCGCCGCGGAUCCGGCUGCUUGGUACGCCAUACCCGACGACAGUCCUUAAGGGAGGGAGGGAGUCACGACGCGACUGAUCGUCGGAAGUGUCGUCGACGGACGAUGCUUCGUCCGGGAUGAACCCGGAGCUCUCGCCGCGACUCAUCAGCUUUGUGCGUCGCGGGAUGGGUCUGUCUGUCUUUAAAGACUUGAGAGUGCACACGGCAGUAAAAUCGCAGACUCGACUUUGAGAUUGCGCGCGAGAGAUCUUUCUCUUCUCUAUCUUGCCUGAAAGACUGUCCGUAAGCUGCGCUCGCGAUUAUCAAGAGGAUAAUCUGUCUAAUUGGGUGUGACGUAGUCAUAGUCAUGCUCUAAUCGUGCGACUUUGUUACAGCAGCAAUCGACAAUCGAUGAGUAUACGCUCAGUGAUUGUAAGGACUAUUAGUGUGAUAAUUUGCAAUUAUCUAUGCUCAGUGAGUUAUGCGCUCGUGAUUGAUAUGGACCGAUAUCGGUGAUAUUACGAUGAGAACACUCCGAAUCAGGAUUAUCGUACAUCGAUACACAGUAAUCGAGCCACGUGAUUUUAUAUCUGUCAAAUGUCGAGUGUUCGUUGCCAAGUUCUAGCAACGACCGCUUCGUCGAAAAAGAUGGAUCUGCAUCUUGCAUUUUGAAAGGAAGCCAGCCGCUAUAAAUGUUUUUAUUUGCGGAGAGAUCGAAAGUUUCGCGAAGAAGGAGAUCUUGGUGAUGUAUUUUCUUGUUAACGCAAAGACUACGUAUUUUAUGUAAUGCGAAAUGACACAAUUCCCAAACAACGUACUUUAUUUAUUUAAAAUGGCAACUCCCAGGUCGUUCGAUAAAUUAAUAAACGUCGUGAGAGAGAUGACAAAAGGUUGUAAAAAAAUAAUAUCAAUGAUAUAUUCUGAUAACGACUAGUUAGAAUCAAAUGGGAGAGGUAAUAAUAGUCGCGUUCGGAAAGAAACGCAAUUGAUCGAACAGUCAUCGUAUAGCUGCAGAUCUGUUUUAUUUAACUAAAUAACAUUAUACUCUUUCUGCAUAUAUAAUAAAAUAAAUAUACACGUUAAAAAAAAUUGCAAAACUUAAUUAAAACUACCAGCUAAAUUUUUAUAAGCAAUCCGACGAAAAAACAAAAUCAGAUAUUUUCAAAAUUAAAAAAUUCAAGAAAAAAUUGUUUUAUAUACAUACAUACCAAAUGUUGCGAUAAUAUAUUCCCUUUAUUUACGAUUUUCAUUCGGCAAAGAUUUAUUCGAAUAUCAUUUUCGCUUAAAGACAUUACAUGAUAAGUGCAUAACAGAUUGUUGCUUUAUAAUGUCAAAUUUCACAUUUGAUCGAAUAGAAAACAGAAAUUUCUAUAUAUUUAUAAAAUAUUCAAACACGUAAUAUUCACACAUACAACAUAUAAUGUAAGCAACUGAUUUUUGCAUCGAUUCUUUCGUCGAAAUAUACGCCUGUUUUUCGGGAGAGCGUUUCAUCUGCGAAAAAAAUGUAAUUUCCGCAGAUCGCGUUCGUAUAUAUUUUCAAAUUCGUUUGCAGUGUCUCGCGCGGAAAUAACACGACAUUGUGUAAAACAUACGCUGGGAAAUAAAACACGCUACGUGCAACGAAGAGAGAAAGAGAGAGAGAGAAAACGGAUUGUUCGCCUCGCACCGAAUUACCGUUGCCGGUGCAUCCACUCGAUGGAUUGAAACCCGUCGAUUCGAAUUACGAAAUAGUACACCCCCGCGGUGAUUGUGACUGCGAUUUCAAGCCGAACGCGACGCGACAUCCGACGCGACAUCGCGAGAGCCGGACAUUGUGUCGACUCGUGGAAAGUCAUUUCCGAACAAUGCGUUACGCGCGGGAUUUCGUCAAACAACGUUCGACGGAAUCCAGGACGAGAUAUUUCUGCGCUCCGCAUUGUCCGCAAAUGCAAAUAUACGCGAUAUACUGUUACAUCGACGCAUAUAUUAUUUCGUCUGUCGGGACAUGACAUUUUUAUAUACCGAUGCACGGCCAAUCAAAAAAAUACCGAUUACAAUAUGAAACGCGAAAUGAGAUUUUCCAUGAUUUUUUAUGAAUUAGCAUUCUCAUCCUGCUCGAAAAAUUCCUGAAAUUUAUUAUUUUUGCAAAACAAGAGAGUGCAAUUAUUUAUAAAUGUCAUAAAUCUCGUCACGGCCAGAGGUGUCGAGCGAGAAAAAAAAAAGAAUGUAAAAAAACAGUCUUUGUGUUUCAUAAAUUUGUCGAAUACCGAUUUCUAUAAAGACGAAGAUAUUAAUAUUUAUUUGUUUUGUUUUAAUAUUAUGCUUUUAUAUGUCUACAGAUGAAACAAAUUUUACUCGAUUAGUUGCUGGAAUUUACGACGUUGUCACAUAGAUGACGAAACAUAUGUUCCAUUGAAAUUUUAUUACAGUCACGUAAUGCAUCUUAUAAAUUAAACAAAAGGUAAUAUAUAAUAAUCUUAAUUUGUUGAGAAUAAAAAAAGGAUAUGUGAUUUUAUUUAUGUACAAUAGUGCUUGAAAGGAAGGGAGGGAAUUUUGUUUCCUGCAGGAAAAAACGAGAAGUUGAGGGAAGAAAAGUAUGUGAGAGGAACGAAUCGGAACGUUUCCGCAAGUGAGAAUCUUAGGACAAAUGUAAAGUUUACAAUUUCGCAUACUCGAUUGUAAAUGACACAUUGUAAAUACACGUUUGUCGUAAGUGACACGUGCGCAUGUGAGGAAUGGUGUUGUGCGUGCGUGCGUGUGUGUAUGUAUGUGUGCUUGUGUGUCAAAUCAACGAAUUUCUAAAUCGAGCGAGAGAUGUUCAACUUCUACAUAAACGAUUUAGCGAGGACGAGCAUUAUUGAGCAUUACAUUAUAACGAUUAACGCAGAAUAAAGAAAAAAAAAGUAUAGGAUCGACGAUAGUGAGUAGCGUGUCAUGAUGAGAAAAUCACACAGCUAGAGAUUAUUAUAAAAUUUUGUAAAUAAUAAGAGAGAUAUUAAUAAAACACGAUACUUAUUCAAACGCCAA